AUGCAUCUCAACGCCGCCCUCGCCAUCCUCGCGGCCUCCAGGGUUGCCCUGGCCGCCCCGGCCGCCGAUGAAGUCAAGGUCAACCCUGCGCUCCGAUUGAUCAAGACGUCCGAGGCCGACGCCGGUGUCUGGGUCACCGAGGAGCAGAAGAUUGAGAACUACGUCAACAAGCACAUCGGCUUCUUCGACAUCACCGACAUCACGGACGAAGAGGUCUUGGCCGUGCUGUCUACGCCUCCCGAGGCCGCCCUCGAGGCCAGACAGGCCGUCACCUACCCCACUACUCUCUCCCACGUGAGCGAGGCCAACACGUUGAUUGCCAGGGUCUCCAACACCCAGCCUCAGUCGUGGCUCAAGACGUUGACCGACUUCUACAACCGCUACUACCUCUCCACGUACGGCACCCAGUCGGCCACUUGGUUGUUCAACCAGGUCAAGUCCGUCGCGGCGGUCAACUCGGCCAUCACCGUCACGCAGUUCACCCACAGCUGGAACCAGCCUUCGAUCAUUGCCAAGAUCCCCGGAACCAGCUCCGACCUGGUGAUUGUCGGCGCUCACUUCGACUCUACCGGCGGCUCCUCGACCGCCCGCGGCCCCGGCGCCGACGACAACGGCUCCGGCGUCGUCGUCAUCCUCGAGGCCCUGCGCGUGCUCGCCAACGCCGGCUUCAAGCCCAAGAACACGCUCGAGUUCCACUUCUACGCCGCCGAGGAGGCCGGCCUGCGCGGCUCGUCGGCCAUCUUCUCCAACUACAAGGCCGCCGGCAAGAGGGUGCUCGGCUUCGUCAACCAGGACAUGGCCGGCUACUCGCCCUCGGGCCGCGUCUCCGUCUACAACGACUACGUCGACACGGCGCUGUCCAACUACGUCCGCCUCGUCGCCACGCAGUACACCGGCCUCGCGCCCACCAGCGACACCUGCGGAUACGGAUGCUCCGACCACGCCGCCGCGCGCUCCAACGGCUUCCCCGCUGCUUAUGUCUGCGACGAGCCUAUUCGCACUUCGACCCCUUACAUCCACACCCCCAACGACAGCUACGACACCAUCCAAUGGCCGGCGAUCCUGCGCCACUCCAAGUUCACUGUUGGUUUCUUGGUCGAGGCCUCGUACCUGUAG